CCAGAUCCUGCCCUUUGCUUGAAAGGAACUGGAUCCUAGGAGGCGAAGGCAUUUCCCAUUUCUAGUCCUCUGCCUCCCUCUGCUGUUCCUUCUCAGAAGCUUUCCUUACAACAAUGAGAAAUCAUGUACUAGCUGCAUCCUUUUCUAUGCUCUCCCUGCUGGCGCUAAUGGGAGACACGGACAGCAAAACGGACAGCUCCUUCAUGAUGGACUCGGACCCUCUGCGCUGCAUGAGACACCACUAUGUCGAUUCUAUAAGUCACCCAUUGUACAAGUGUAGCUCAAAGAUGGUGCUUCUGGCCAGGUGCGAGGGGCACUGCAGCCAGGUGUCACGCUCGGAGCCCUUGGUAUCCUUCAGCACUGUCCUCAAGCAGCCCUUCCGCUCCUCCUGUCACUGUUGCCGGCCCCAGACCUCCAAGCUGAAGGCACUGCGGCUGCGCUGUUCGGGGGGCAUGCGGCUCACCGCCACCUACCGAUGAGCAAAUGGAGACCUGCCGAAACCCAGGUUUGCCCGA